CCUCGUUGAACUUCUUCAUAAAUGCCUCAACUCGUCGAUUCUUCUCGUCCUAACUCAGCAACGGUUCCUUUCUCAGCUUCAAUACUGAAGCCGAGGACGAGCUCACUUGCAUCGGUGACAUCUGGAAAUUGGUCUGGUCCUUGGACGUUUCCGAUUUCUUCACCACCAGCGACGGCUCAGCGAGCGAAUCCACGUUCACCUAAUUCUCCCAUGUGUCCUCGAACGUCUCUGAUUUCUUCAGAAGCUCCCUUCAGUAACCGUUUCAUAAUCUAUGAGCGCGCACUUAAAGCUCUUCCUGGUAGCUACAAGCUAUGGCAUGCGUACCUGCGAGGACGCCUUGAAAUUGUUAGAAAUCUACCCGUUACUCACCCCAAGUAUGACACCCUUAACAAUACGUUUGAAAGAGCUCUUGUUACAAUGCAUAAGAUGCCCAGGAUAUGGAUAAUGUACUUGCAAACCCUGACGGAACAGAAGUUGAUUACUAGAACGCGUAGGACUUUUGACAGGGCUCUCUGUGCAUUGCCAGUGACUCAGCACGACAGGAUUUGGGAGCCUUAUUUGGUAUUUGUGAGCCAAAAAGGUAUCCCUAUUGAGACCUCACUGAGGGUUUAUAGGAGGUACUUGAAGUAUGAUCCUUCUCACAUUGAAGAUUUCAUUGAGUUUUUGCUGAAUUCAAGUAAGACAAAACACAGACUGUGGUUGGAGUUGUGUGACCUGCUUACAACACAUGCGCCUGAGGUUUCGGGGCUUAAUGUGGAUGCAAUAAUUAGAGGUGGGAUACGGAGGUUUACAGAUGAGGUAGGAAGGCUAUGGACUUCGCUUGCUGAUUAUUACAUUAGGAGAAGCUUGUUUGAGAAGGCUAGAGAUAUUUUUGAGGAGGGUAUGACAACAGUAGUAACUGUGAGGGACUUUAGUGUAAUAUUUGAUGCUUAUUCACAAUUUGAAGAGAGUGUGAUUGCUCACAAGAUGGAGAGCUUGGAUUUAAGUGAUGAGGAAGAAGAGGACAUACAAGAAGAAGCGAUUGAGGAGGAUGAAGAUAUUCGUUUGGAUGUUGAUCUGUGCAAGUCAAAACACAAGUUUGAGAGGAAAAUAUUUAAGGGGUUUUGGUUGCAUGAUGACAAGGAUAAAGAUCUGAGAUUGGCUCGGUUGGAGCAUUUAAUGAACAGAAGGCCAGAGCUUGCCAAUAGUGUCCUCUUACGUCAAAAUCCGCAUAAUGUGGAGCAAUGGCACAGGAGGGUAAAGAUUUUUGAGGGUAGCCCAACCAAAGAGAUUUUGACUUACACAGAAGCAGUGAGGACGGUUGAUCCCAUGAAAGCAGUUGGAAAGCCUCAUACCUUGUGGGUUGCCUUUGCUAAAUUGUACGAGAACCACAAAGAUAUAGCUAAUGCUCGAGUGAUUUUUGACAAGGCAGUGCAAGUAAACUACAAGACUGGAUCAUCUGGCUAGUGUUUGGUGUGAGUGGGCAGAAAUGGAGUUGAGGCACAAGAAUUUCAAAGGGGCACUGGAGUUGAUGAGGCGGGCGACAGCUGAACCAUCAGUUGAGGUGAAACGAUGAGGUAAUCCUUAUCCUUC